AUGGCUAUGAUGAACACAAUUAUUACUGCUCAAGGAGAAGAAUUUCCUCUCCAAGGAAUGACUUUAGUUCUUAGACAUCUUGCUCUUGAAGGUGAUCAAAAGACUUCUAUUUAUUUAAUUACUAAAGAUGAAGAUGAUAAAGAAGUUAAAGUUCUUCUUGCUACUCUUUCAUCAGCUGUUCCACAACAUUCAUGUGAAAUUCCAAUCACUGGAGAAACUGUAAAAUUAAUUUGUGAAGGAAAAGCUAAAGUUCAUGCUAUUUUAACUCCAGAACUAGAAGAAGAUUUUGAUGAUUUUGAUAUGGACGAUAUGUCUGAAGAUGAAGAUGAUAAUGGAGAAUUUGCUGAAGAAGGUGACGAAGAAGACGAGGAAGAAGAAGAAAAGCCAAUUGAAGCACCAAAGAAAGUAGAGCCAAAGAAAGAGGAAAAGAAACCACAACAACCAAAGAAGGAAGAAAAGAAACCACAACCACCAAAGAAAGAGACAAAACCACAACAACACCAACAACCAAAAAAAGAAGAAAAGAAACCACAACAACCACCAAAGAAAGAGUUCAAUAAGAAAGAAGGAAAGAAAAUGAAUAAGAAGAAUAAUAAAAAACAUUAA